AUGUUCCAUCAUAAACUCAUGAUCCGCAGAACUAAACUGAUGUACUACAACAAUAUCCGUCGACUAACAGUUACGAAAAGCUUCUUUCUACAGCAAUACCGUGGAGUUACUAACCAACCAAUCUUUGACAAGUUUACAGAAGCCAGCACUGUGAGUUUAUUUCUUUUUUUGUUGAUGUUGUUUUAGAUUGUUAAAGACUUGGAUCUGAAUGGAAAGACUUACUUGGUGACGGGUGCGACGAGUGGACUUGGUUUGGAGGUAGCGAAAACUUUGGUCAGUGCUGGAGCUCAUGUUGUUAUGGGAAUUCGGAAUCUGGAGAAAGGUCAAGGAGUCUCGAAGAAUAUUGUCCGAGAGUUCCCAGAGGCCAAGUUGGACAUGCUGCACUUGGAUUUGUUGGACAUACUCUCCAUCAAGAAGGCUUCGGAAGAAUAUUUGAGGAAGCGUUGGUAAGUUUUUGCUUACAUUUUGUUCUCUUGGCAUUAGUUUUUAUUAGUUUACUAGAUUUUUAAAUUUUUUGAAAACGUUUUUCUAAUUUAUUUAGUAUUUUAGGAAACUUGAUGGUUUGAUCUUAAACGCAGGAGCUUAUGCACCGUCAGAACCUUUCAACAAUCUUGAUGGACUGAAUUCAACCUUCCAAGCUAACUAUCUCGGCCACUUUUACUUGUUGUCGCAACUAAAACAACGUUUGAUCGAGUCAAGGCCCAGUCGUGUCGUAACCUUGUCUUCUGUUACUACGACCUUUAUGUUGAAGUCCCUGAAAAAUGAAAUGUCGUCUGAAGACUUUGUGAAAGAAGUGGUAUUGACUGGAGGACGCGGAAGGCUGGAAUUGGGAAAACAAUAUGCCAAAGCCAAGCUGUGCAACACGAUGAUGAUCAAGAAGCUGGACAGAGAGAUGAGUGUGCAGUAUCCUGAAGUCAGAGCCUACGCUGUAGAUCCUGGAUCGUUUAUUGAUACCAGUAAGUUACUAUAAUAUUGCGGUUUAUUUUAUAAAAUUUUUCAGACUUCAAAUGUGUAAUUUUAUGAAAGUUAAUACGCUUUUACUACGGUAUUUGUUUCAGACAUUGCAGUAGAGGCUUAUGGUAGUGUGAGCAAGUUGACAAUGAAGCUCGCUCGUCCGUUUUCCAAAAGUGUUUCUAAUGGAGCUGCCACGAUCUUGUUUGCUGCCGUUCAUCCAGCUGCAGAAAGUCUUCGUGGAUGUCAUAUCGUGGACAACAAGGCAGGAGAAGACCCGAAGAGCGUCAACCCAACUGUAUUCAAUACCGACUUCCAAGAUGCUGUAUGCAAACGAUCUUCUGAACUGGUAACUGAAGCUUUAGCUCGACGCGAAAAAUUGGAAAAGGGUCAGAGUUAA